CGGGACACUCGCAGCCUUUUGAACCGUUCACCUAUAUUGCUGCAAAGAAAGUUCAUUUUCUAAGUCAAUUUAAUCUUUUUCAGUGACGCAGAACGGUUGGUAUGAUCGAGAAAGAGGACCCGGUAAUCAGUGAGGAGGAAGCGGCGCAGUAUGACCGCCAGAUUCGGUUGUGGGGGCUGGAUGCCCAGAAGAGGCUGCGAGGGUCCCGGGUGCUGCUGGCAGGGGUCGGAGGUCUUGGAGCUGAACUGGCUAAAAACCUGAUCCUUGCUGGGGUUAAAGGACUCACUUUACUGGAUCACAAACAGGUUUCGGAGGAGUCAUGUCGAGCCCAGUUUCUGGUUCCGGUGUCAGCUCAGGGUCAGAAUCGGGCUCAGGCGUCCUUGGAGCGAGCCCAGAACCUCAACCCGAUGGUGGAGGUGCACGCCGACCCAGACAGAGUGGAAGACAAGCCAGACGACUUCUUCCUACAGUUUGACGCGGUGUGUCUCACAGGUUGCUCCAGAGACCUGAUGGUGCGAGUCGACCAGCUCUGCUCCCAGAACAACAUCAAGGUGUUCUGUGGCGACGUCUACGGUUACUAUGGCUACAUGUUCUGUAACCUGGGACAGGAGCACAACUAUGUGGAGGAGAAACCCAAAGUAGUGAAGCCGUCCUCCGAUUCCAGCGACGGUCCAGAAGCAAAGAAAGCUAAAGUCGACCCGAAUGAGACCACCAUGGUGAAAAAGACGGCCAGUUUCUGCUCGCUGAAGGCGGCGCUGGAGGUUGACUGGACCAGCGAGAAGGCCAAGGCCAGCCUGAAGCGAACACCUGUUGACUACUUCCUGCUUCAUGUUCUGCUGAAGUUCCGCACAGACAAAGGUCGCGACCCCGACCCCCAGGCGUGUGCGGAGGACAGCCGGCUGCUGAAGCAGAUCAGAGACGACGUCCUGGAGGCCAUGGGGCUGAGCGGCGACCUGCUCGCCGACGACUUCAUCAGCUACUGUUUCUCAGAGACGUCUCCGGUUUGCGCCGUCGUGGGAGGAGUUCUGGGGCAGGAAGUGGUCAAGGCUCUUUCCCAAAGAGACGCUCCUCAUCGUAACUUCUUCUUCUUCGACGGUCGUAAAGGCAACGGCAUGGUCGACUACUUUGGACCGAACUGACCUUUGACCUCGGAACGGUUUUAACCCAAACCCAAAACUCCACACACCAGGUUCAUUUUCCCGCCUGGACGCCGUCAUCUGCACCAUGAACACAAAAUAAGUUGAGCAGUUUUCUUUUUCUUGUCACAGGUGUUGUGUUUUUUACAUUUGCUAAUAAAACGAUGUAAAGAAA